UACUGUGUAACUCAACUUCAGUAAUUCCAGAGAUACAUAUGGAAAGUUACGAUUUGAAAUUUAAUUGCGACCUUGGUGUGUUGUCACGUUGUACUGGAUCUUCCAAAGUACAAAUGGGAAAAUCAGUAGUGCUAGCUGGAAUCCACGGGCCAAACGAAGCCAGAAUGAUGCAGAUGAAUUACCGUGAACUAGUAGUUGAUGUCCGAGUUUAUCACUUGACGUAUACUUACGCGGAGAAAGAUAAAAUGAGCUCAAUUGAGAAACUAGUUCACAAUGCAGUGUUGAGCAUGCUGCUUCUGACGGAGUUUCCAAGAUUGGCGAUUACGCUGACAUUGCAAAUUAUCCAAGAUUUCGGUUCAAUAGCAGCAUGCUGUCUAAACGCAGCUUGUCUCGCUCUUAUUGACUCCGGUUUCACUAUGAAAUACACCAUCGCUGCAGUCUCUUUGACCCUCAAAACCCCAUCUGGCAGCGAAUCAAUCGACGAUAUCGAAAUUGGCGUCGAACAGAUAAACCCUUCAGAAAAAGAACAUCCUCUAACUAUUGGUUAUUCGGACAAAAAAGAAAAUGUGAGAAUUGUGACCCUAGCAUUGAUGAAUAAAACAAGUCAGGGUUCAAGUUUGUCAGGUCAAGUUGUGACCUCGCAUUGCAGUGGAUCACUGACUGAAACUGAAUUUGAAACUUGCACUGAAAUUGCAAAUUUGAGUGUGACUCAGAUUUUUGAUGCUUACAAGCAAUGUUUGAGAAAAAUAAUUUUGUGAUAGAUUUACCUUCUGUUCUUGACUGAUUUUCUCUAAUUUAUUUUUUUCUCAGUUG